AAAACUUUGUAUGCUUUUAAAUGGAAGUUGUGCCACGAUUUGAGUAUGAGGUUGUUAUACCACCAGAAGGGGGAUGCGUUUCACUGCAAUCUAAUGUUUAUCAAUCACUAAAUAAAUGUCCACAAUAUACUGAUAAUCAUUUUACUGAGUGCUAUAUUGAAAGUAGUGCACUGCACGACGAAGAUUCACAUACUACGCAAAAAGUAUUCGGUGGAGGUGAAAAAACAAACCAGUGUCUUGUGAACGAAGAUGUAGUAUUUUCUGGAUUUCCCCCUGCAUAUCGAGCCCAUUUACAAAGUUUUGAUCAUAUGCGAGGGUGCAGUACAAGUUUCCAUUAUCACUGUCUUCCUAUUCAACUGAAGUUCCUCCAUUCAAUGCAAAAUUAUACAAUUCUAAGGCAGAUUGGUCUUGGACAGUUUAGUAGCGUUUUCAGAGCAGUGUGCAACCAGCCCUAUGGUCUAAAUGUAGCCUUGAAAGUGAUAAAGGUAGUGUUGCUGGCAGUUAGCUAUAUGUAUAAAAAUUGCACAUUUCGAGUACGCAGUGCGCCAACUCAACGGCACUGUGAAGUAAAGUUAGACGGAUUAUCUGCAUACUCUUCUUUGUCUAAUUUUGAAGUGCAAGGGUCUGUUGGGCAAGGUCAGUUUUCAACUGUGUGGCGUGCGUUCCACUUUCCAUCUGGUCAGACAGUUGCUAUGAAAAAAAUAAAGAUAUUUGAAAUGGUUGAUGCAAAAGCACGUAAAGAUUGUGUACAGGAGAUAGAUCUAUUGAAGAAAUUAGAUCAUCCAAAUGUUAUACGUUAUUUGGCAUCAUUUGUGGAGAACAAUGAGUUGAUUAUUGUCUUAGAACUUGCAGAUGCCGGUGAUCUGUCUCAUAUGAUAAAGCACUUUCGUAAGAAAAAACGACUAAUUCCUGAGAAGACUAUUUGGAAGUAUUUUGUUCAGAUUAGCAGUGGUUUGGAACAUAUGCAUUCUAAGCGUAUUAUGCACAGAGAUAUUAAACCUGCUAAUGUAUUUAUCAAUGCCAAAGGUCAAGUGAAACUAGGAGAUCUUGGACUUGGAAGAUAUUUUAGCUCAAAAACUAUAGCAGCUCAUUCCUUAGUCGGUACACCGUAUUAUAUGUCACCGGAAAGAAUACAUGAACAAGGCUAUGAUUUUGCUUCUGAUAUAUGGUCACUGGGAUGUCUGCUUUAUGAGAUGGCAGCGUUACAGUCACCGUUCUACGGUGAAAAAAUGAAUUUAUUCCGUUUAUGUCAAAAGAUUGAACACGGGGAUUAUUCACCAUUGCCAAAAGAUAUCUACUCAACUGAGCUUCGUGAUCUCGUUAACAUGUGUAUACAGAAAGAACCAUUGGAUAGGCCUAGUAUUACACAUGUGCAUAAUAUAGCUAAACAGAUGCAUGAAUUACUCAAUGAAAAAUUUUCAACUGAUACCUCAUCGACGUCAACUCAGAUGAUAGAUUCUCGGCCAUUGUCGGCUACUGUAACCUCCACAACCGCCGCUUCUUCCUUCCUUCCUCCUAAUCCUAUUCCGCUAUGUAGUAAUGAGAUACCAGGAGAGAAUCGUACUGAUAGUCUGUCAUCUCUUCAUUGAUAACAAGGAGAGAGAGAGAAAACAGCGGUGUGUCUUUCAAUAAAGCAAGUGAUACUGUUUAGAGGAAAGUCAAAGCUGAAUCAUCAACAUCCGACAACUAAAACCAUUAAAAAGAAAUAAGAGUCAGAUAGAAUUAUUUAAUCUGCUAUUGUCAAAUAAGAUUGAUUGAUUAAUGAUGAUGAUGUAUAGCCUACAGUUAUUUAUUUAUUGAUUUAUUGAUUUUUUUUAAAAACAAUACACUGCUGAUCACUUCAACUCGAUAAUGUUGUACUCCUGUUACGGCUGAUAUUUUUGUUCCCUGCCUUCACCCCAUUCGUAUCACAUGUGAUUAUUAAUCUAUAACUGGUUUCAGAUAGAACAGAACAAAACACUGCUGUGAUGUAAACACCGUGAGGUGAAUUUACUUCCCAUUCAGUGACUUGAAGCACAAAUUGCCUGGAUAGUGGAUAAAAUUCACCUUAGAAUCCUGCUGAAGAAACUUUUCAUCUUUUGAUCGUGUAGUAUAGAAAUUUAAUGGAAUAACUUUCAAAGUGUAUAAUUUAUAUUACUUUACAAUAUUUCGAUUAUUACUGUACAUUUACCAUUAAUCUUAUUAUUAUGAUUAUGAUUAUUUCUUCUAACUACUGCUGAUCAGAAACACAUUCUAUUGAUAAUGAAAUGCAAAUCAUUUUUAUAUCUUUCUCUACAUAUAUAUUUUUUCCAAAUGAUAACUAUUUGUCAUUACUGACUGUUUGUUUAACAGUUG